GCGCAAAGCCGAACCCAAAAUGGCGGGAGCCGAUGGAGACGAUUCUCUCUACCCCAUCGCCGUGCUCAUCGACGAGCUGCGGAACGAGGAUGUUCAGCUGCGGCUGAACAGCAUCAAGAAGCUGUCCACCAUCGCCCUGGCGCUGGGCGUGGAGCGGACCCGCACCGAGCUGCUGCCCUUCCUCACCGACACCAUCUACGAUGAGGAUGAAGUACUCCUUGCCCUUGCGGAGCAGCUUGGUAACUUCACCAUGCUGGUGGGAGGCCCAGAGUACGUCCACUGUCUCCUGCCCCCUCUGGAGAGCCUGGCCACCGUGGAGGAGACGGUGGUGCGGGACAAGGCGGUGGAGUCCCUGCGGAAGAUCUCCCAGGAGCACUCGCCCGUGGACCUGGAGGUGCACUUCGAGCCCCUGGUGAAGCGGCUGGCCAGCGGGGACUGGUUCACCUCCCGCACCUCCGCCUGCGGCCUCUUCAGCGUCUGCUAUCCCCGCGUCUCCAGCACCGUCAAGGCCGAGAUCCGCCAGCACUUCCGCACACUAUGCUCAGAUGACACGCCCAUGGUGCGUCGCGCCGCGGCCUCCAAGCUGGGCGAGUUUGCCAAAGUCCUGGAGCUGGACUACGUCAAGAGUGACAUCAUCUCCCUCUUCACCGCGCUGGCCUCUGACGAGCAGGACUCUGUGCGGCUGCUGGCGGUGGAGGCGUGUGUCAGCAUCGCCCAGCUGCUGCCUCAGGAGGACCUGGAGACGCUGGUGAUGCCCACCCUGCGCCAGGCGGCCGAGGACAAGUCCUGGAGGGUGCGCUACAUGGUGGCCGACAAGUUCUCCGAGCUCCAGAAGGCUGUGGGUCCAGAGAUCACCAAGAACGACCUGGUGCCGGCCUUCCAGAACCUUCUGAAGGACUGCGAGGCCGAGGUCCGGGCUGCUGCAGCUAACAAGGUCAAAGAGUUCUGUGAGAAUCUUCCUGAGGACAGCAGAGAGAGCAUCAUCAUGAGCCACAUUCUGCCCUGCGUCAAGGAGCUGGUGUCCGACACCAAUCAGCAUGUGAAGUCAGCUCUGGCGUCCGUCAUCAUGGGCCUUUCCACCAUCCUGGGGAAGGACAACACCGUGGAGCAUCUGCUGCCCCUCUUCCUGGCCCAGCUGAAGGACGAGUGCCCUGAGGUGCGUCUGAACAUCAUCUCUAACCUGGACUGCGUGAACGAGGUGAUCGGGAUCCGCCAGCUGUCUCAGUCCCUGCUGCCUGCCAUCGUGGAGCUGGCUGAGGAUGCCAAGUGGAGGGUGCGGCUGGCUAUCAUCGAGUACAUGCCCCUGCUGGCGGGACAGCUGGGUGUGGAGUUCUUCGAUGAGAAGCUGAAUUCCCUGUGCAUGGCGUGGCUGGUGGACCAUGUGUAUGCCAUCCGAGAGGCAGCCACCUGUAACCUGAUGAAGCUGGUGGAGAAGUUCGGCGCGGAGUGGGCCCAGAACACCAUCGUCCCCAAAGUGCUGGGGAUGGCCAACGACCCCAACUACCUGCACCGGAUGACCACCCUCUUCUGCAUCAACUCUCUGUCAGAGGCCUGUGGACAGGAGAUCACCACUAAACACAUGCUUCCAGUGGUCCUGAAAAUGUCAACUGACCCGGUUGCCAACGUUCGCUUCAACGUAGCCAAAUCCCUCCAGAAGAUCGGCCCAGUCUUAGACAGCAGUGCUUUGCAGGCGGAGGUGAAGCCCGUGCUGGAGAAGCUGGCCAGCGACCAGGACAUGGAUGUGAAGUACUUUGCCCAGGAGGCCAUCAGCGUUCUGGCCCUGGCUUAACCAACGCCAUCCGGGGACCCACUGAACACACAAGACAUCCCAGCACUCGCCACACUCUUUAUUUAUUGAUGUCCAGGAACAACUGGCACCAUGUAGAGGAAAAAAAAACUUGUCUAGAUAUUAAACGGUUUGGUUGUCUUUGCCCUCGGUGGUUGUGAUUGUUCAGGAGAAGCGCAGGUCUCCUCACCGAUUGGCCGCUCUCGCUGUAAAUCUCCGCCCCCGCCGCACCAUGUGAAACACUGCGUGUAGCCUCGUGUUUGCACGCCUGCAUGUGUGUCCCGCUCUCACGGUCCUCGCAGGCGGGUCAGCCCCGGGCUCAGAGCCGCGUACGGCUUCCGCCUCGCCUUCACUCUGGCUGGUUUCUUUUUGCUUCCAUCCUCCGCUUUACUGACGCCUGUGCUCAGACCUCUCCAUCCCCACUGCUGUGAUGCUUCCACCAGCCUGGCACAUUGUCAUAGGAGAUACUGUGAGCUUCUGAUGGUUUGUCAGUAGAGAACUACAAGCACUGUCUGUCAUGUUUUGAGGGUAGUUUUUCUUGUACUUGUAAUGCUAUAUGUGGCCAUAACUGUAAAGCUUUUCUCUUUUUAGUGCAUAUUUUAUUAUUUGGCUGGCACCAUUUUUUGUUUCACAUUCUGACAGUUUCUGCAACUGAUAAUGUGUGCGCUAAAGGACUUUAAACAAGGGACCAUCACAAAUUGUAAUUUACUUUUUUGGGGCAAUGUCUUUGAGUUCCUCCCUCAUCCCCAUUGUAGUCUGACCAUUUCAGACUUAGUGAUUUCACUUUUUCACUUUGGUAGGUGUUUGGUUCACUUCUCAUUUGGCGUUCAGUAGCUUUGGUGCUGGGAGCUGGUGAAUGUCCUCUUCAUAUUCUCAGUAAUAUUGGGUGUUCUAAAAUCGUGCCAAUGACAGCUGUGGAAAGCAUUAGGUGACAUGUUAACUUUUUUCCUCAUCCUUCGUGGGUUGUUUUUGAUUGUUCAUAUGAAAAUGAUUUAGUGUUUUACUUUUUUCUCUUUGGGGAGUGAUCAUCGUUUUAGGUCCCGCAGAAAGCCGUCUGCAUGAGAUGACGUUAGAGAGGAGCCUCCACAGGGAG